CGUAUCGGCGCCGCGGCCGCGUGACGCGUUUUCAAAUCUUCAACCGCCGCAGUCCACUCGUUUGUGCUUUUCCUCUUCCUCUUCCGCGCCUUGAAGCUGGGUCCUGCCCUGGAAACCCAGCAGGAGGAAGCCCUGUGUCUACGGCGUGGGUGUGAUAAUCCGCGGAAGGGAAGAGGCAACUGGCCGGUCUACGGGCCUUGAGGAACCGUGUUUUCUCGACCGUCCGGCGCGACACCCUCCCCGGACGCAGCAUGUAGGUGCCGGGCGGCUGCCAUGAACUCCGGAGCUAUGAGGAUCCACAGCAAAGGACAUUUCCAGGGUGGAAUCCAAGUCAAAAAUGAAAAAAACAGACCAUCUUUGAAAUGUCUGAAAACUGAUAACAAACCAGAAAAAUCCAAAUAUAAGCCACUUUGGGGAAAAGUAUUUUACAUUGACUUACCUUCUGUCACCAUAUCUGAAAAACUGCAAAAGGACAUUAAGGAUCUGGGAGGGCGGGUUGAAGAAUUUCUCAGCAAAGAUAUUAGUUAUCUUAUUUCAAAUAAAAAGGAAGCUAAAUUUGCACAAACCUUUGGACGAAUUUCUCCUGUACCCAGUCCAGAAUCUGCAUAUACUGUAGAAACCACUUCACCUCAUCCCAGCCAUGAUGGAAGUUCAUUUAAGUCUCCAGAUUCAGUGUGUUUGAGCAGAGGAAAAUUAUUAGUUGAAAAAGCUAUCAAGGACCAUGAUUUUAUUCCUUCAAAUAGUAUAUUAUCAAAUGCCUUAUCAUGGGGAGUGAAAAUUCUUCAUAUUGAUGACAUUAGAUACUACAUUGAACAAAAGAAAAAAGAAUUGUAUUUACUCAAGAAAUCAAGCACUCCUGUAAGAGAUGUGGGGAAAAGAGUAGGCAUUGGCAUACAGAAAGCAAGAACAGGUAGACUCAAAAAGCCUUUUGUAAAAGUGGAAGAUAUGAACCAAAAAAGAAAAAUCCAUCCUAAAAUUCAUAUGGAAUGUCACAGGACCCUGAACACCCAAAACAGUCUUGAAAAGGAAGACCGAAGUUGGAGACUUUAUAGACCAUUUUAUCUUCAGCUGACCAAUAUGCCUUUUAUAAAUUAUUCUAUUCAGAAGCCCUCCAGUCCAUUUGAUGUAGAUAAGCCAUCUAGCAUCCAAAAGCAGACUCAGGUUAAACUAAGAAUCCAAACAGAUGGCGAUAAAUGUGGAAUCCCAGUUCAACUCCAGUUGAAAGAGAAGAAAAAAAAAGGAUAUUGUGAAUGUUGCUUGCAAAAAUAUGAAGAUCUUGAAACCCAUCUUUUAACUGAGCAACACAGGAACUUUGCACAGAGUAAUCACUAUCAAGUUGUUGAUGAUAUCGUAUCAAAGUUAGUUUUUGACUUUGUGGAAUAUGAAAAGGAAGUGCCUAAGAAAAAAAGAAUAAAAUACAGCAUUGGGUCCCUGUCUCCUGUUACUGCAAAUGUCCUGAAAAAACCCGAACCCAAAGAAAAACUAGAAUUGCAACUUAUUUCUCAGAAAGACUUUAAGGAAGAUAAUGUACAGGUGAUCAAGCAGAGUUUUCUAUAUAAAGAAACCCAGGAACCUGAACAAAAGCUUGUGUUUAUUUCAGAACACAUCCCCCACCCUUCAGUUGAAUUGAGAGAACUUGAUGAGAAAACAACUAAUAAAUGUUUCCUGUUAAAUCCAGCUGAAAAUGACAUAAAACAAAAUUUUACACAUCUGCUUUCAGAUAAAAAUGAAAAGGGAUGCAUUCUUGAUAUUUCCGAACAUAAAUUAAUUACAAAUGAAAAUGACUUGGAAGAACUAAGGGUAGAUCACUGUCCAUGUAGGCUACAGGCAUCUAUACAAGUUUCUGAUUUCAGUAUGGAUAAUUGUGCAUCUCAACCAAAACAAAAGUCAGAUACUGUGCUUUUUUCAGGAAAGGAUCAGAAGGAAAAGGACCUUCAUUCAGUAUUUGGUCAUGUUUCUGGUCAGUUAGCAUUAAACAGUUCACAGGAGCAUCUAACAUUUCAGGCAAUGAGUCCAUCCCGAAGUUGUCCAGAAGACCCUAAUGAAUGUGACAUCAAGAAUACAGAUAAUUCACCUUGUAAGAUUCAUCGAAAAGUGAAAAUAUUAUUAGGAAGAAAUAAAAAAAAUCUGGAACCAAAUGUGGAAUUAGAUGAGAAAAGAACUGAAUGUCUUAUUACACAAGAGGAAAGCAGAAUUUGUAGUUCACCAGUACAGUCUCUACUGGACUUAUUUCAGACUAGUGAAGAGAAGUCAGAAUUUUUGGGUUUUACAAGCUACACUGAAAACAGUAGUAUAUGUGAUAUUUUAGGUAUUUGGGAAGAGGAAAAUUCAAAUCUGUUGUCAAUGUUUUUCUCUUCCCCUUCAACUUCUACAUUUACUGGCUUUUAGACUUAAGAAAUAAUUUUCAGAAGUGAUAAAUAUUCUUGAAAUUUAUAUAAAUACAUAGAAAAUUCUUUGUUUUUUUGCCAAUUUUGUUUACAGAACCAAAUGUAAAUGUUAACAAUAAAGGUUGUGUUUGCAUUUUUCUACACAGUAGAAAAAUUGUAGAAUAAACUGACUUAUUUUACAUAUCAU